AUGGUCGCUGCUCAUCGGCAACAGCCACGACCUUCCGCGGGGGCGAAGCGGCGGCGCCUGUCGCCGCCUGCCGCAUCGUCGUCUGCUGCGCCCGCCGAGUCCACGGCUGCGCCCGCCGAGUGCGUCGAGCUCUUCCUCGGCGGGGUCAGCCAAUCGCCGCUCAUCGUCCAGGACUACCUCGUGUCGAGCACGAGCCUCGGCAGACAAGCCGUCUCAGUGGCUCCAAUGGGGUCUGGAUCGAAGCAGCUCCGCGUGCAGCUGAGAGGACGCGGCGCCUACGCGGCGGCCAGCGAGCUCGAGGGCAAGCAGCCCCCCACCGCGCCCUUUCGCGAGGUCAAGAUGCACCGCGACUGGUACUGCCCGUGCGGCGCGCAGCCAGAGACGCUGAUCCGCGAGCGCGCGUCGUGCGGCGC